CCGCCCGGCCCGCCCGCGCGUGUGUUUUGGUGUGGGCCGGCCUCCGGGCCGUCCGACCCCACCGGUCGGGCCAUGCCGAGUCGCCGCGUCGCCAGACCCCCAGCGGAGCUGGGGGCCUUGGGGCCCGCUGACCUCUCCUCGCUCUCGCUCGCCGUUUCCAGGACCACGGAUGAAUUGGAGAUCAUCGACGAGUACAUCAAGGAGAACGGCUUCGGCCUGGAGGGGGCGCCGCCGGGCCUGGGCGAGGGGCUGCCGCGCCUGGUGUCCCGCGGGGCGGCCUCCCUGAGCACCGUCACCCUGGUCACCGAGCAGCCGAAGCAGCGCGGCAUGCGCUUCCGCUACGAGUGCGAGGGCCGCUCGGCCGGCAGCAUCCUCGGCGAGAGCAGCACGGAGGCCAGCAAGACGCUGCCCGCCAUCGAGCUCCGAGACUGUGGAGGGCUGCGGGAGGUGGAGGUGACCGCGUGCCUGGUGUGGAAGGACUGGCCUCACCGAGUCCACCCCCACAGCCUCGUGGGGAAGGACUGCACCGACGGCGUCUGCAGGGUGCGGCUCCGGCCUCACGUCAGCCCCCGGCACAGCUUUAACAACCUGGGCAUCCAGUGUGUGAGGAAGAAGGAGAUCGAGGCCGCCAUCGAGCGGAAGAUUCAGCUGGGCAUUGACCCCUACAACGCCGGCUCCCUGAAGAACCAUCAGGAAGUGGACAUGAACGUCGUGAGGAUCUGCUUCCAGGCCUCUUAUAGGGACCAGCAGGGACAGAUGCGCCGGAUGGACCCUGUGCUCUCAGAGCCCGUCUAUGACAAGAAGUCCACGAACACAUCAGAGCUGCGGAUCUGCCGAAUCAACAAGGAGAGCGGGCCGUGCACGGGUGGCGAGGAGCUCUACCUGCUGUGUGACAAGGUGCAGAAAGAGGAUAUAUCGGUGGUGUUCAGCAGGGCCUCCUGGGAAGGCCGGGCUGACUUCUCCCAGGCCGACGUGCACCGCCAGAUCGCCAUCGUGUUCAAGACGCCGCCCUACGAGGACCUGGAGAUCGUGGAGCCUGUAACAGUCAAUGUCUUCCUGCAGCGGCUCACCGACGGGGUCUGCAGCGAGCCUCUGCCCUUCACGUACCUGCCUCGGGACCAUGACAGCUACGGUGUAGACAAGAAGCGGAAACGGGGGAUGCCUGACGUCCUUGGGGAACUGAACAGCUCUGACCCCCACGGCAUCGAGAGCAAACGGAGGAGGAAAAAGCCAGCCUUCCUGGACCACUUCCUGCCCAGCCAGGGCCCAGGCCCGUUCCUACCACCGUCAGCACUGCUGCCAGACGCAGACUUCUUCCCUGGGACCGUGUCCCUCCCCGGCCUGGAGCCCCCCGGCGGGCCGGACCUCCUGGACGACAACAGCUUUGCCUACGAAACCACCCCCCCCACGCUCUUCACCAUGCUGGACAUGCUGCCCCCGGCGCCGCCACUUGCCAGCGCUGUUGCGGGCAACGGGGGUGCAGGGGCUGCGGUUGGGGAGCCCCCCGGCCCCGAGCCGCUCAUGCUGGACUCCUACCAGACCCCGGGCUCCGGGGACGGGGGCACUGCCAGCCUCGUGGGCAGCAACAUGUUCCCCAACCAGUACCGCGAGGCCAGCUUUGGGGGCGGCCUCCUGUCCCCGGGGCCUGAGGCCACGUAGCCCCCGCGGGCGCAGAGGAGAGGCGCUGGGUGGGGAGGGAGGUGGAAGGGGCCUUGCGGACCCAGCCGGGAUGUCCAGCACCCGCAUCCCCUUGGGCCGCCCCCAGUCCGUCUCCCGACCUCCUCAUCCUUCUCACUUGGACAUCUUCAGCGCUGGCGAGAAGCUCCGUAGCACGGGUUUCCCGUGAGCCCAUUUUACAAAUGAGAAAACUGAGUCCGGAGAGGGGGGGAAGGGGCGUGGCGCCCAUGCCCCAGCUUGUGAAAGCCGCCUCGCCCGACAACCGAGGGGCACCUUCUCCAGACGGAUUCUAAAAAGUGUACAGACGGGAGGAGGGUACAGAGCCGCGGCCCUCCUUCCCCAGGCCUGACGGUGGGGGUGGGUUGUUUGUUCAGAGUCUUCCUAAUAAAGAUGAGUUUUUGAGCCUUGGGA